AAGGGUGGUCUAUGGUUAGUCGGGCAAAGAUCACCAAAACAUUCGGUCGUUUUGUUCUGCAUUGCUCAGUCUUGCUUACAAUAUUUCUUGCAAUCGCGAUGCUUCAUCGGAAGUGACAUUUAAAAGUGUAAAGUGUACAAGAACUUGUGAAAAAUGCUCGCAGACGGAGAAGUUGUUGGUGACGGAUCAUGGAACCUCACAAUUUACGUUACGGACUUGAACGAAAAGAGGACCAUGGUCGUAAAAGGAGAUAUGCACAUCGGCGGAGUAAUGCUUAAACUUACAGAGAGUUUCGGUAAAGAUUUCAAAAAGGACUGGUCAGACCACGCACUUUGGUGGCCGACACGCAACAAAUGGCUGUCCAGGCCGAAGCAUACGCUGGACCAGUAUGGCGUUCACGCCGACGCCGCGCUGCACUUCACGCCCAUGCACAAGCCACUGCGCAUACAGCUACCCGAUCUUAGAUACAUCGACUGCAAGAUAGACUUCUCUAUUGACACCUUCAGUGCUGUCGUACAGCUCUGCAAGAAUCUCGGUAUACGGCAUCCAGAGGAACUUUCUCUAUACUACCCUCUCGAGCCCUCGCACUUGAAGCAGAAUUACCAGAACUUGAAAGAGGCGAAAAAGAUAAAGUCCUCGCAGCCGCCGGACACAAAUACGUUCAUAGCGGCGACGCGCGGCUCCUCCAACAGUCUAGACCGCUCCAAUGGACUAUCUGGCUCCUUCGCACUCAAGCCGAAACGGUUCACACUAAAGGCUUACAAGCGCGGCUGGGUGUCGUGUCGCGACGGCGUGCUGCGCAUACACGCGUCCAGCGACGCGGCCGCGCGCGGCGACACGCCCUCGUACUCCGUGGAGCUGCGCGGAGCUGAGGUAACGUUAAAACUGCCCUAA